AUGAGUGAAAAUAUACAAAAUUCUAAUGAUGAUUUGUCUAGUAAUUUAUGUUCUACUUCAACUUUUGAAGAUUCUUUAAAUCGUAUAAAAUUAUUGGAGGUGGAAAAAGACAAAACAAAUUUGGCUUUUCAAUUAAUUUUGGCUAAACUUGAUUUGUUAACUAACUCAACAAAACAAAAUUCCUCUACAGACUACCCAACAAUGGAAAAUCAAACAUUAAUUAAACAAUUACAAAAUUAUUUGCAAAAAGAAGUUGAACAACAAAAAGAAAAAAUUAAAAGUUUGGAAUUGGAUAAAUUUAAAAAAGAAGAGGAAAUUAAAAUUUUGAAGGAAAAUUUGGAAGAAAAUAAAAAUGUUUAUGAAAAUAAAUUGUUAAAAUUGGAAGAAGAACGUGUUUUGGCUUUGGAUGAAUUUUUAAAAAUUAAAGAAGAAUUUGAAAAAUUAAAAAAUGAGAAGGAAAAAAUUUCUAAAGAAAAAAUUGGAUUUUUAAUAACUGAAAGAUUGGAAAAGAAUAAUUUAACACUUUUAUCUGAAGAAGAUUACAAAAAAUUAACCAGCACAUUGAAGACAUGUGAAGAAAUUAUUUCUCAACUUCAACGGGAAAUUUCAGAAAAUAAGAAGAAUUAUGAACAAGAAAUUAAGGUAAAUUUUUUUUGUAAGACAAUUGCUGAUAUAAAAUUUAAAAAUUGA